UGAUGAUAUCCUUAUCUCGGUUGACAUUCAGCGCGCUGCCUUUACAUGCACACUCAAAGAGCUUUCUAGGGGCGCAUCAACAGUGGCUAUGGGACAUGUCAUAUUUCGAGGCCCAAAGAUUGCGGAGAUAACCCUGACAUUAGAUGUUUUGGGAUUUUCGAAACACAUUUCGCAAUCUAUGGCGAAUUUGCAUGAAGGACACUCAAACCUCUCCGCAGAUCUCCAGCGCAAGUCAUUUUUCAGUGACAAUAUUGAUGGUGCCGUCGCAGAAGAUGCACCACUUCAUCUGCCGCGAGUUAGUGACUACAUGUUCUCUCAUAAAUUGGGCCAAGGCGCUUUUGGUAAGGUCUGGCUUGCAAAAGAAGUUGCGUCGGGUAAUAUGGUUGCUAUUAAGACGUUGAAUAAAAAUUUCUUGGUGACUACCGGCCUAUGGCGGCGUGCAGCGACAGAAAAACUCGUGCUGGAGAUCAUGCAACAUCCAUUCAUAGUCAAGCAAUACUUUACGUUCCAAGACAAAGAGACAAUAUAUAUUGUCCUUGAGUAUGUCCCUGGGGGCACUCUAAGCCAGCUCCUCAAGUCACAGCCAGAAGGCUGUAUUACAGAGUGUCAUGCUCAGUUCUUAAGUGCCGAGAUUUUAUGCGCGAUCGAUUACUUGCACGAAAGAUUGAUAACAUUCCGUGAUUUAAAACCCGAGAACGUUCUCCUUUCUGCCAGCGGUCAUGCAUGUCUCACAGACUUUGGGUCUGUUGCUGUGCCCCAGUCAAUUGCAUCGUGCAUUGACAAGUCUAAAGAAAAUGCAGCAAAUGCAAGUUUUCCCUCAGACGACUUGCAAGGAAAAAGGGAUAUACGUACACGCCGAACAAUGGUGAGCCUCCAUGGGUCGCCUCUUUUCAUGGCUCCAGAGAUCAUUCGUGGCUCAGGCUACGGACCAGAGGUUGACUUCUGGUCUUUUGGCGUCUUGCUUUACGUAAUGCUCGCCGGGCGACACCCGUUCGACGACAACUCAGAUGGCGACAAAAUCAUCACUCACGUCCUUCGUCGUUCUCCUCAUCCCCUCGCGAUCACAGACGCUCGCAUUUCUGAUGCUGCCCGUGACAUCACUAGACAGCUCCUCAAGACCGACCCAGAUGAGCGCCUAGGUGCCGAGGCCGGGCCGUCUGCAGUCAAAGAACACAUGUUCUACAGGGGUCUAGAUUGGAGUUCACUUCUACGAAAAACCCUCUCGGUGCCUCUUCCCCUCUGCUUGGAUGGCGUGGUUCGGACUACUGGAGCAUCUGGUGAUUGCUUUUCUGACUUCCACAACUAUUCUCGGCGCACCACUCUUGGUAUUGAUAGUGAACCUACACGUCAUACACCUAGCAGCGAAUUCGAAGGUGAUGAUUCAUCACCGGCUUCUCAGAAGCUCGCGACAAAUCUGCGGCAUCGUACAGCCAUGCUCAGACGCUAUUUUGCUCUCCGAACUCAAUGUUGUGUGGAAAAUGAAGCUUGGGCUGGCGUCCUAGAUGAUGUUUGUGUUCACUCAGAGCCCAAGCUACCGUACCGACCGCAGUACAUGGGUUCUUCACGGAAGUUGAGCGCAACGCAGCGUGUAUUCCUCAUUGGGAUUGAAGACAUUGUCGCAGACAAUCUCGCCGCUCGAUCUGCCUCUGGACUGAAGCAGGUGCGCGAUCUUGAGUUUGCUCUUGUUGACGUCAUCCACGACCAGGAUCAGCGUGUAUCUAUGUUUCAGUGGUCCAUGCGCUCAAAGAGACUCAAUACAGCAUGCAUGGGGGGGGGGAGAGCCACCUUUUCUACCGUGGGUCACAUCAAAACCAUGGAUAUCGUUGUCGAUAUUCAUGGAUUUAUGGAAAAGAUUGCCCGUGCGGAGGCAGUUUGUGCACACUAGAUGCCAGGAGCGUUCUACUCGCAGGCUAACGACAUCCAUGCCUGGAGCUCAUGGAUGUCUGACACUACGAAGAUGCCCAGCAACUGGCAGCCUAAUGGCGCAAACCUCUAUAGGGCCAUUGGCAAAAGAAAGCACAAAGGUAGCUAAGUAGCGACAUGUGGGCUGGCGUACGAGGCCUGGUGUUAGAAUUGUUCACUGUACUUGCAUUGCGGAAGCAUUGUUUCCGGCAACUUGGGCGAGUUCAACACGGUAGUGAGUUAGACCAAGCGCGGCCCGUCAGCCUUCAUUUCCGGCAUUCCUUCGCUCAACUUGAGCUCAGCCUCCCCUUGUGGAGCCCGCGGGAAACUCGACGCUUUCUAGUUUGGGCCCCACCCGCCCCCCCCCCCCCCGCGCCUGAGUAAAGCCCCCAGCUGCCGACC